AAGGAAUGGGUUUUAUGUGUAGAUAAAUUAAUUGAUCAGUUUUAUCAGCAUGUUGCUGAUUUGGUAAAUUAGACCGAUAAAGUAGUUUAGGAUUGUAAUCUUGUUAUCAAUUUAUUAUAAUAAAUGUAGUGCAAACAUGUUCAGGCACAUGUUUCUGUUUCUUACCUUAAUAUGGGGAAUAAAGUGUAUUGUAGAUACAAAAGAUUAUCGGGUAGCUGUUGUAGAAUACCAACGCUACUACAAAUCAAGUCAAAACUUUGAUAACUACAGGAACGUAAUAAAAAAUUUGGAACCAGUGGAUUUCAUCAUAUUCCCAGAAGCUACGUUAUCAACUGAGGCAGCAAUAGAAGUACCAAAUACAGACUUAACGAAUUGUAGUACCACUGAAAACACUUUAGAAAGCAUAGCAUGUUUGGCACGAGAAAAGAGCACCUACAUAAUAGUAAACGUGUACGAGAGGAUCAACUGCAACUCAAAUGAAGAAGGAUGCUCCAACAAAGGUUUCAACACAUACAACACAGAUCUGGUGUAUGGAAGAAACGGGUCUUUAAUAGCCAAGUACAGAAAAUGGAACUUGUACGGAGAAGUUGGUGUAAACAAAACGGAAACUCCAGAACUGGUCACCUUCGACACCGACAAAGGCACUUUUGGCGUUUUCACCUGCUUCGACAUACAAUUCCCAUCACCAGCGUUAAAUUUAACCAAAAAUGGUAUUAAAAACUUCAUUUUUCCCAACAUGUGGUUUUCAGAACUGCCCUUCCUGACAUCAUUGCAAGUUCAGCAAAUGUGGGCUCAGGAAAAUGAUGUGACUUUACUGUCUUCAGGUGCCAAUAGUAUGUACGUUGCGUCUGGUGGAAGCUCAAUCAUUCUGGGUAAUAGAGAAGUUUUGAAUAUGACCAUAGACCCAAACUUGAAUUCCACCAAUCCUGCUACUGUUUUGGUUAGUUUGGUACCAGCUCAUUCUUCUAAUGACAGGGUCAGUUUUAAAGACAGCACAGACACCAUUGAUGCUAUGGGCAAAGCUUUGGACAAGAUGGUAUUAAAUCCUGAUAAUUUUAAGGAGUACAGUUCAGAACUAGUGGGACGAAUUUCUGGAACUACAACCAGAGAAGUUUGCCACUCAUCUUUGUGUUGCAAAUUCAAUAUAAAUCAAACCAUCCAACAAGAUUCAACCAAUAGUUACGUUUACAGGUUGGUUGCCUAUACUGGAGUCCGAAGCUUUUCAGGUUUGUACAAUGGAGGCAUAGAAGUAUGUGGAUUAGUUGCUUGUACCAAUGCUACGGACAUUAUGUCAUGCACUGAGAGAUUUCCAGACUACGACAGCAUAAGCUGGUCAGUAACCUUCAACAACAUUUCAAUUACAGCCAACUUUAAGAAAUCUGACAGUAGAAUCCAAUUCCCCAAUUCACUAUUGAGUUCCUUAAGGCCUCUUCCACCCACUGAAACCAAAUGGCAAAAACUGGAAAGUGGUGACAAUGUUCAAAGGGAAUUUAGCCUUUUAGUACCCCAAACUAGGUUGCUCACCUUCGCCAUUUAUGGAAGGAAUUUUGAAGAAGACAGUGAACCAUCCACCAACUUUGUCUACUAAAUCAAACAUUUUAUAAUGGUGUUACUUUAUUACUAAAGAAAUAAAUUAGUUUUUGGACACACA